AUGGGAAAAACAAGUGAGUGCUCAUGCGUAUCCGCUGCUGAGAAGGAGAGCAAAGGUGAGGACCACAGAGAGAAUAAAUAUAAAGCACACAAACAGUUUGGGGACCGUCGCGGAGGUGUGACAGGAGCUCGCACGUAUUUCUACGCGGAUGAGGCCAAAUGUGACCAGCAUAUGGAGACCUUCAUCAAAUGUAUUAAAGCAUCUGGUGGGAGUGCAAUGGACGGUUUCUCUGCCAUCAAAAUGACUGCUCUUGGACGGCCUCAGUUUCUGCUCCAGUUCUCAGAAGUCUUGGUGAAAUGGAGGCGAUUUUUCACCUUCCUGGCAUCACAGCAGGGGAAAGACGACGUGGAGGCCUUAGAGCAGAGGCUGGAGCUCAAACAGAUGCAGGAAUUCCUGACCAAGCUCGGUGCAAAAGGUGACUUCUACGGCUGGUUUACUGGAAGGGAAGAGGAGUCUUCAGGAACCAUUGACUUGCUCGACUGGAACAGCCUAAUAGAUGACAGGACAAAGAUAUCGGACCUGCUGGUUGUCCCAAAUGUAAAGCUAGGUGAGCUGGAGCCUCUGCUGGAGAAGUUCACUGAAGAGGAGGAGAAACAAAUGAAGAGGAUGUUACAGCGCAUGGACGUCUUAGCCAAGCAUGCCGUCGAGAACGGUGUCCGCUUGAUGGUGGAUGCAGAGCAAACCUACUUCCAGCCAGCUAUCAGCAGACUCACAUUAGAGAUGCAGAGGAUCUACAACAAAGAAAAGCCUGUCAUCUUCAACACCUACCAGUGUUAUCUUAAGGAGGCCUACGACAACGUCACCAUGGAUGUGGAAUUGUCUCGACGUGAGGGUUGGGGUUUCGCUGCCAAGCUGGUGCGUGGGGCCUACAUGUAUCAGGAGCGAGAGAGGGCCAAAGACAUUGGUUAUGAGGACCCCAUUAACCCAGAUUAUGAGUCGACCAAUAUAAUGUACCACAGGUGUCUGGACUAUGUGCUGGACGAGAUAGCACUCAACAGAAAUGCCAACGUCAUGGUGGCUUCCCAUAAUGAGGACACAGUGAAACACACUUUGAGGAGAAUGAAUGAGCUGGGCCUCUUGCCCACAGAGAACAAGGUGUACUUCGGUCAACUACUGGGCAUGUGUGAUCAGAUCAGCUUCCCACUGGGCCAGGCAGGCUUCCCCGUCUAUAAGUACGUUCCCUACGGACCCGUGAAUGAGGUGAUGCCCUACCUGUCUCGGAGAGCCCAGGAGAACCGAGGCUUCAUGAAGGGUGCCCAGAAGGAGAGGGAGCUGCUGUGGAAGGAGCUGAAACGCAGACUUGCCUCUGGGGAGCUUCUCUACAGGCCGGUGUACUGAAAACACAGAAGAAGAGACAAAGAGUGUGUCAACGUGUCGAAUUUUUUAUUUUAUUUUUCAUCUUCUCUAGUUGACGGCUGGUGCUGUGGUUGUCUGUUCUGUCUCUCCCUCUGUACGGCUCUCCCUGGAUGUUCAUCUCCUGUUCCACCCUGUCCUGGAGUUUUCAUGCUGACAGACUGUUUCGGCAUGUCGCUCUCUUAUUGUGUCUUUGCACUGUUGUUUUUCCCUCCGCUCUGUGAUGUUACCCACCAUCCUGCCUUUUGUGUACUGCCCAUGUUCUCUCUGUUUCCUCGCCUUAUCCGCCCCUGCAUCCAUAAGCAUUCCUCAUUUUGUCUUCCCGUUGUCUGCAGAGCUCUGGUAUCCAUCAAGUGGGCAUCUUUACUGCUCCAAAAGGACUCCCUAAAAUGUCAACGAGACCGGGGCGGGCGUCUCUUUUUAUCACCCUAUUCAUCUUUGAGAGGGACAACAAUAAUAAAAAUAACAGGCUUGAUUUAAAUGGUAGUAAAGGAAACAUCAAUAUUCCCCUCCUAUAUUAUGAUUUUUUGACUCUUGGAUGGCCACGCAGUCCCUGGAGGAGGCUUCUCUGCUCUGUGUAUUUGUGUUUGAGGUCGUAUUGCUUGUUUGAAAAUGAUGCCUGUUUAUGAAUCAAUCAGAAAGUAAAAAUGGCUCCUCACAGCACAUCCCUCUUCCUCUAAGCGUGCAAUGCUUCUGUUAUUGUAUUUACUGGAGGAAGCUAUAUUCUUGGUCACUUGGUGUUACAAGAGAACAUACAGUGUUCAGUAUUCAGGGAGUGAAUCUGCUUUUAAUACAGAUGCCUGCAAGUCUGGCAGGUUGUUUUAUUUUUUCAUUUCAAGGGAAUAAUAUGUUGGAGGGUUGACUUUCUCUUCUAUUGCAUUUUGAUGGAUUAACACUGCAGUUUUUUAUCUUUGACAAUGUAAAUAUGUUUGAAGCAGGUAAUUCUAUUUGUUGGUUUUACAUGUCUCACUUUAUGGACCUGUGAAAUUGCUCAAUGAAUAAAUAUGCACUGUAAGAACAGCAAAA